AUGUUUGAGCUAGCACUGAGGGUGGGAAUCAAAGCACGAGGAGGAACUGGCACAUUUGUAUGUAAAUCCUGCUCGUUUUCUCCAAUUCUUGAUUCAGAACUUGUACCAGAUAGGUUUAGGUUAACUGAAGAAGAGCGAGUAGUGAAUAUAAUAGAAGUUGCAGCUGGAGAACUUGAAUGCCUUUUUGUUGUUAUUGCUUCCAAGUUGCAGAAACUCUUUCUUUUUGCCAAUAUUGAUGUUGAGGAAAGAAGUAACUCCUCAACGAUUUUUUCUCGGUUAAGCUAUCAUGCUGAAGAAGAUGUUAGGAAACAGCACGAGGGCAUUUUGGUCAUGCUGGCAAAACAAUCUCCAUGGUCGAUAAUUUAUCCAACCCUCGUUGAUAUUAACACAGGUGAAGAGGAUCAUUCGGUGAAGCUUACAUGA